AUGUCAGAUAAACCACCAUCUAAACCAUCGGGUACGAUCCGAUUGAAAUCGGUUGAGUCUAAAGGUCUACCGACGUUAAACACAGCAAAGAAACCUGCUGGUUUGAAUCGUACACCUCCAACUUCAUCAUCGUCAUCUACCUCAUUAACAUCAUUAUCAUUCUCAACAACUCCAUCUACUUCCUCUUCUUCUUCUUCACAUGCACAACCAACUUCAACAACAUCGUCAACACCAUUGUCAUCAUUGUCAUCUAGACUACCAACCACAACCACAACUACUACCACAACAUCAAGUAGUAGUAACAGCAGUAGCAGUAGUGGUAGUACUAGACCUGCAAUCAAUGUAAAUGUAUCGAGUGGUGUCACUAGAAAUCCAACUACUUCCACUACUUCAACUACAACAUCAGCAGCACCAAAGUCAGCUGGACCAAGACCACCUGUUGCACCAAACAUCGUUCCAAGAGCAAAGAAAGAGUUUACUCCAAACUUGGUGAAAAGAACUAAAGUUGAGGAGAAUAAAAUAGAUUCUAUGCUACCAAGUUCAAUUACAGAUAUUCUAAAACAUUCUUUGACAACGAUUGGCACUAUUUCCGAUCAGAAACCAAAACAUGAUAGAAACAGACAGAUUCGUCAAGGUAUCAAUCCAAGAGCUAAAAAGCAUGGUACAACAACAUCUGCUAUACCGAAUGCUCCUUCGCUUCCACUCACUCAACUACCAGAUUCAUAUCUAGAGAGAAAUAGUCAGCAAAGAUCAGCAAAUAAAGAAACAGAUAAAUUGAAUGAAGAUUUCGUUAAUCAGUUAUUCCACGAGAUGGAAAUCGACCCGAUGCAACCGAACCAUCCAACACAUCUUCCAUUGGUAGAUCCAAGAAAGGUAUUAAAGGAAUACUCACUUAAAGAUGCAAAACUAGAUAUCGAAAAGAAAAAGAAAGAGAUUCAAGAGAAAAUUCAAAAUGGUGAAAUGUCAGAUGGUUUGAGUUUAGAUUCGUUGAUUGAAGAUUCGAAUAAUACAUUGUUUUCAAAGCCAAAGAAGGUGGAGGAACAGGUGAAACCAUUCCACAACGAAGGAAUAUUCCUAAAUGACGACCAUCUAUUUUUUAUUCAACUUCCUACUUCGUUGCCAUCGUCGGCAACCAGACCAGUUAUGAUAUCCCCACUGAUGCCAUUGCCACCCGGUGCCAAACCACCACCUGGAAUGCCUCUGCCACCCGGUGCCAAACCACCUGCUGCUACCGGUGGUACCGCACCACCUGCUGCUGCUACUAAUGCAGCUAACAACAAUAACCCAACAGAACUUAACAAAACAUCAUUCGUACCUAUGAUUUAUCCAGGUGAUUUCUCAAACACUAUGAAAUCGUUACCAUCUGGCAAACUAGGUACUCUCAAAAUAUAUAAAUCCGGUAAAACUAUAUUAACAAUUGGUUCCGUUGAAUAUCAUGUAUCAGCAGGUAAUAAAUUAAAGUUUUUAGAAGAGAUCAAGUGUAUUACUCCUGAUGGUCCUACUUGCUAUACACUAGGUACACCUUCACAACAUCUAGUAGCAUCACCAAUGAUAAAUAUAGGUGCACAACAACAAGAUGCAACAUAA